UCAAUUCAACGCUAUAUUAAAAAGCACAACCCUCCACUCCCUUUCUCCUCCUGAGAGACGACUUCGUUCUCAUCAUUUUCAAACCCUAGCUCUCUCUCUCUCUACCAACUUCCCCGGCGAUGGCUUCACGGCGGCUCGCCGCCACCCUCCUCCGCUCAUCUCUCCACCGAUCACCAUCCAGAUCUCACUUCACUCACUCAACCAGAUCCGCACGCGCCGUAUCUCACGCCCACACUUCCACCAACCACUUUCUCAACCGUACAACAACCUACUCCACCUCCGCCGCCGCAGCUCCUCCGAAAUCGGCCGCUGCAACCUCCGGCGAAGGAUCUAGCGUCGGAAAAAUCACCGAUGAGUUCACCGGCGCCGGCUCGAUUGGACAAGUGUGUCAGGUUAUCGGUGCUGUUGUUGAUGUGAGAUUUAGUGAAGGAUUGCCGCCGAUCCUUACGGCGCUUGAGGUUUUGGAUAACUCGAUUAGGUUAGUUUUGGAAGUGGCGCAACAUUUGGGGGAGAAUAUGGUGAGGACGAUUGCUAUGGAUGGAACCGAAGGUCUUGUGCGUGGUCAACGUGUGCUUAAUACUGGUUCUCCGAUCACUGUGCCCGUUGGUAGAGCAACCCUUGGUCGUAUCAUUAAUGUUAUUGGAGAGCCUAUUGAUCAUAGAGGCGAAAUUAAAACCGAUCACUAUUUGCCAAUCCAUAGAGAAGCCCCAGCUUUCGUUGAGCAAGCAACAGAACAACAAAUCCUUGUCACUGGAAUUAAGGUUGUCGAUCUUUUAGCUCCAUAUCAAAGGGGAGGGAAGAUCGGUUUGUUUGGUGGUGCUGGUGUCGGAAAAACCGUACUUAUCAUGGAACUUAUUAACAAUGUUGCCAAAGCCCAUGGUGGUUUCUCUGUCUUUGCUGGUGUUGGAGAACGUACCCGAGAAGGUAACGAUUUGUACCGGGAAAUGAUGGAAAGUGGUGUCAUCAAGCUAGGUGACAAGCAGAGCGAGAGCAAGUGUGCUCUUGUAUACGGGCAAAUGAAUGAACCCCCAGGUGCUCGUGCACGUGUUGGGCUCACCGGAUUAACUGUGGCUGAACACUUUAGAGACGCUGAAGGACAAGACGUGCUUCUUUUCAUUGAUAACAUUUUCCGUUUCACCCAGGCUAACUCUGAGGUGUCUGCUUUACUCGGUCGUAUUCCAUCUGCCGUCGGUUACCAACCGACUUUGGCUACAGAUCUUGGAGGUCUUCAAGAACGUAUCACAACAACCAAAAAGGGUUCUAUUACAUCUGUUCAAGCCAUUUAUGUGCCCGCUGAUGAUUUAACGGAUCCCGCUCCUGCCACAACUUUUGCUCACUUGGACGCCACAACUGUGCUUUCUAGACAGAUCUCCGAACUUGGUAUCUACCCUGCUGUGGACCCACUUGAUUCCACGUCGCGUAUGCUUUCCCCGCACAUUUUGGGAGAAGACCAUUACAAUACAGCUCGUGGUGUACAGAAAGUUCUUCAGAACUACAAGAAUCUUCAAGAUAUUAUUGCUAUUCUUGGAAUGGAUGAGCUUAGUGAAGACGACAAGUUGACUGUCGCUCGAGCCCGUAAAAUCCAGAGGUUUUUGAGUCAGCCCUUCCAUGUCGCUGAAGUUUUCACGGGUGCUCCCGGUAAAUAUGUCGAACUCAAGGAAAGCAUUGGCAGUUUCCAGGGUGUGUUGGAUGGGAAGUAUGAUGACUUACCGGAACAGUCGUUUUACAUGGUUGGAGGAAUCGACGAGGUUAUUGCGAAGGCCGAGAAGAUCGCCAAGGAGAAUGCUUAGAUGUUCUUCGUCAAUUCUCACAUCUGAUAGUUGCGAAAAGAAAUGAAUAAUUUUAUUGAUAUUUUGUUUAAAAAAAACUGAGAUUCAUGUGGGAUUUUUUUGUGGAUCCCUGUUUUUUGAGUUUUUGUUGCAAUGAAAUGGCUGUUUCGGCUUUUUAUUGUUAUAUAAUAAGAGGGAUAAGUGUUGGGAAUAUGUAUAUCUGUUGCCUGUAUGGAAAUUCACCAUGGUUUUAAUCUCGAUCACCCAUUUACACA